AUGUUUUGUUUUUAUUGGGUGCAUCGCAAGAAACUAAGAACCAACGAUACAUGAUCCAAGUAUUGAGAGAAAAAUGGAGGAUGUGGAGAAGGUGAAGGCGGAGGCAGUGCAAAUGAUGGGAGUGUUUCACGUACUACCUAGGCUCGUAGUUUUCGAUCUCGAUUAUACUCUUUGGCCUUUCUACUGUGAGUGUCGCUCUAAGCGUGACACACCUUCUCUCUACCCCCACUCCAGAGGCAUCUUGAGCGCACUCAGAGAUAAGGGAAUUGAUGCUGCCAUUGCUUCUAAAUCACCAACCCCCGACAUAGCAACCGUUUUUCUUCAGAAGCUCCGUAUCACCUCAAUGUUUGUUGCCCGGUUUACUCAAUUACAUUUUAUUAACCAUCAAAUUAUCAAAAUUAAGGAAAUAUUUUACACCUGGACACCCAAAACAGAACAUUUUCAGAAAAUUCAUUCAAGGACCGGGGUUCCCUAUAACUCUAUGCUCUUUUUCGACGAUGAUAACAAUAACAUCAAAGGGGUUUCAAAAUUGGGAGUGACAAGUAUUUUGGUUAAUAAUGGUGUAAAUCUUGGAGCAUUUAGAGAAGGCCUCACUAAAUUUUCUCAAAACAAGCAGAAAAAGCGUAAGUAAACUUCUCAUGAGGCUAUUCAAUUCCCACCAUGGUGCUUGAGAUUGGAGGUCCAAAUGAAGUGCAUUUAUUCAGAACCUCAUCAAUAUUAAUGAUGAUUUGAAAUAUAUAUGUCUAUUAUUCCCAAGGGGGAAAAUAAUGUACAUGUAUACCUUAGAGAAUUUUUAAUACGAACGUAUUGUAAGAAUCUCUAUCAUCCACGGACCAAAAGUAAUUUCUUUAUAUAUUGUAUUAGUAUACUCUUGUUAUAUGUGUCUCA